UCAUGAAUAUUCAUCCUACCAGAAUGCUUGGGACAAUAGGUGUCAACGGGUCCUUGGAUGCUGCUGCUGAUGCAGCCUAUGGUGCGUGAUUGCAUUGCAUUGUUUAUUAUUGAGAGGCAGCUGACACGAAUUUGGAGGAAAAGAGCAUCCCUCCUUCCGCUGUUCAUGACCUCCUCGUCUCCUCUCUGUCAAUCGGCACGUCCCUCACAUAUCAUGCUAAGGUGGCUUCUACCAGCUUUCUCCCCUCACUUGGUGCGCACACGGUUGGAGCGUACGUGCCUACCAUGAGUGUUAUGGUGAAUCGGACUGUCAAUGCAGCGAGAGAAGGCAUAUCUAAACUGUAAGGUAAUGAUCGAGAAAGGAGCCUCUUCCUGUAUUUGCACUAGAAGAGCCACAGCCGCCCGUGUCAUGUGUAUCAGUGUAAUGCUUUCAAGGUUUGAGAUUAGCUCCAGACUGGUCGCUCUCACUCACAGAUAGGGAGCUGUGGGGUUCGUGGCUAUACUUCUCAACAAUAACCAUCCUAUUCUGGACAUCUAUUGCAUUUGAAAUUGUUCGUUCCGUUUCAAUGUCAUAAUGGACAGGUUGCACUCCUCCAUGCGUAAAAGGCUCUACAGUUUGCCACAGCAUAUUGGACAGAAAGCUUCUAUCAUGGGCGAAGGAGAAGACGGCGACAAGGACACCCGGAGGAAGAGUAUUAGGAUGAAACCCUUGCCGUCACCAACCUCCAGAGGAAGCUUCAAAGGCAUCGGGGAGACCAGAAGUGGAGACACGGUGAUCAUGGAGACGGACAUUGGGAGACCAACGAAGACCAGUUUAAACGGAGAUUGUCGGAGAUUUCGUGGCAGUCUCUCCUCCAUCACCAGUCGGCAUGUGCACGACUCAGACUCCGCGGAGCAGAGGCGCCUCAUCACGGAAGGAGACGUCACCCCGAGCGAGGAGAGCCCCCCCGGAGCUAUUGGCGGCGGGGCGGACCAAGGUGCGCAAGGCGCCAGCGGUGGUGGUGCCCAACAUGCUUCUCUUGACCAGGAAUCAGGGUUCAUAAAGUUGGAUGGCAUUGAUCAAAUUUCGCCGGACGACGAGAGAUUGUACCAGGCAGGAUUCAUACACAGGCAGUUUGGGGCUAUGCUGCAACCGGGGGUCAACAAGUUCUCCCUAAGGAUGUUUGGGAGCGAAAAGGCGGUGGAACGGGAACAAGAGCGGGUUAAAUCCGCCGGAUUUUGGAUAAUUCACCCUUACAGUGAUUUCAGGUUCUACUGGGACCUGACCAUGCUGCUGCUGAUGGUGGGGAACCUGAUCGUCAUCCCGGUGGGCAUCACCUUCUUCAAAGACGAGCACACGCCCCCCUGGAUCAUCUUCAACGUGAUCUCAGACACCUUCUUCCUCAUGGACCUGGUGCUCAACUUCCGCACGGGCAUCGUCAAGGAGGACAACACCGAGAUCAUCCUGGACCCACAACAGAUCAAGAUCAAGUACCUGAGGAGCUGGUUCGUGGUGGACUUCAUCUCCUCCAUACCUGUGGACUACAUCUUCCUCAUUGUGGAGACUCGCAUCGACUCCGACUUCUACAAGACGGCCCGGGCGCUGAGGAUCGUCCGCUUCACCAAGAUCCUCAGCCUGCUCAGACUGCUCAGGCUGUCCAGGCUCAUCAGAUACAUCCACCAGUGGGAGGAGAUCUUCCAUAUGACCUAUGACCUGGCCAGUGCCAUGGUGCGUAUCGUCAACCUGAUUGGUAUGAUGCUGCUGCUGUGCCACUGGGACGGAUGUCUGCAGUUCCUGGUUCCCAUGCUGCAGGACUUCCCCCAGGACUGCUGGGUGUCCAAAAACAAAAUGGUGAACGACACAUGGGGCCAGCAGUACUCCUACGCCCUGUUCAAAGCCAUGAGCCACAUGCUGUGUAUCGGGUACGGCAUGUACCCACCUGUGGGCAUGACGGACGUGUGGCUCACCAUCCUCAGCAUGAUCGUGGGCGCCACCUGCUAUGCCAUGUUCGUGGGUCACGCCACCGCACUCAUCCAGUCUCUGGACUCCUCCCGUCGGCAGUACCAGGAGAAGUACAAGCAGGUGGAGCAGUACAUGUCCUUCCACAAGCUACCUGCUGAUAUGAGGCAGAGGAUCCAUGACUACUACGAGCAUCGCUACCAAGGCAAGAUGUUUGAUGAGGAGAGCAUCCUGGGAGAACUCAACGAGCCACUCAGAGAGGAAAUCAUUAACUUUAACUGUCGAAAGCUGGUGGCUUCCAUGCCACUGUUCGCCAACGCGGACCCCAAUUUUGUGACCUCCAUGCUGACCAAGCUGCGCUUCGAGGUGUUCCAGCCCGGAGACUACAUCAUCAGAGAGGGCACCAUCGGCAAGAAGAUGUACUUCAUCCAGCACGGAGUGGUCAGCGUUCUCACCAAGGGCAACAAGGAAACCAAGCUCUUAGACGGAUCCUACUUCGGGGAGAUCUGUCUGUUGACGCGGGGUAGAAGAACAGCCAGCGUCAGAGCAGACACCUACUGCCGUCUGUACUCGCUGUCUGUGGACAACUUCAACGAGGUCCUGGAAGAGUACCCCAUGAUGAGACGGGCCUUCGAGACCGUGGCUCUGGACCGGCUGGACCGCAUAGGGAAGAAGAACUCCCUCCUGCAGCACAAGGUGCAGCACGACCUGAGCUCCGGCGUUCUUAACUACCAGGAGAACGAGAUCAUCCAGCAGAUCGUGCAGCAUGACAGAGACAUGGCCACCUGCGCCCACCUCCUCCAGAACAUUCCUCCGCCUCAGCCCCCGUCUCCGGGGCACACCCCCGUUAUCUGGGCUCCCCUCAUCCAGGCACCUCUGCAGGCUGCUGCUGCCACCACCUCUGUGGCCAUCGCCUUAACACACCACCCCCACCUCCCCCACCUCCCCGCCGCGCUCUUCCGCCCGCCGGUCACGGUCCUGGGCUCCAGGAACCUCCAGGACCCUCCCCCCGGCCGGCUGAAGAAGUUCCACACGUCGGCACCCACCUCCUCCAUGGGGCCUGACUCCCCUUCUAGCACCCCAUCUAAACUGCACUGUUCUGGGAUGGACACAGCCCUGCUGGCCUCCUUCCGGGCUCACCACACGACUCAGGGGUCAGGGGCAGCCAGCUCCAGUCAGCAGGUGUCCAGCAGCAGUGGAACCCAGCCUGGGCCUAGCGGGGCCUCCGCCUUUCCCUUUGGGCCUUUCUCCUCCUCUGGGGGCUCUCCGUCCCACAGCAUGGCCCAGAGCACAGCCCAGCUCCACUCACAGCCCCAGACGCAGCAGCCAUUCCGCUGCACCACCCCGCCUCUCGCUGCCCUCUUCCAGCAGGGAGCCAUGGGGGGAGCCGUGGGGACAGGGAUGGGUGGAGCAACAGGGGGAGCUAUAGAGGGGGCUACAGGCUGGUCUUCAGGAGGCGCUACCGGAGGUGAAAUAGGAGGGGUUGCUGAGGGGGCCACGGGUGGGACAAUAAGAAGGGCCACUGGUUGGGGUAGACGUGGGUCUAUAGAAGGAUAUUCUACUGGAGUGCAUAUAGGAGGAGCCACUGGGGGGUACUCAGGAGGGGCUAGUGGUGGGCACAUUAGAGGAACUAGUGGAGGCCAUAUAGGAGCUACUGGUGGAGCAAUGGGAGGGGCAGCUGGAGGGCAUAUAGGAGCUACUGGUGGAGCAAUGGGAGGGGCAGCUGGAGGCCAUAUAGGAGCUACUGGUGGAGCAAUGGGAGGGGCAGCUGGAGGCCAUAUAGGAGCUACUGGUGGAGCAAUGGGAGGGGCAGCUGGAGGCCAUAUAGGAGCUACUGGUGGAGCAAUGGGAGGGGCAGCUGGAGGCCAUAUAGGAGCUACUGGUGGAGCAAUGGGAGGGGCAGCUGGAGGCCAUAUAGGAGCUACUGGUGGAGCAAUGGGAGGGGCAGCUGGAGGCCAUAUAGGAGCUACUGGUGGAGCAAUGGGAGGGGCAGCUGGAGGCCAUAUAGGAGCUACUGGUGGAGCAAUGGGAGGGGCAGCUGGAGGCCAUAUAGGAGCUACUGGUGGAGCAAUGGGAGGGGCAGCUGGAGGGCAUAUAGGAGGGGCAAUGGGAGGGGCUACAGGUGGAAUGACAAUUGGAGUUAUGGGUACCUCUACUUCUGGUUGUAGUAUCAGCCCCCAGUCCACUGGUUCAUCCAGCAACAUUCAGCCCUGUCAGCUGCUCCAUAGCCAGCUGCCCCCCAAGCCUCCACAGGUGGGCUCCCUGCAGCAGUUUGCAGGCGGGGGUAGGACUCCUAGUGGGUUCUACCACCUCCCCCCUCCAGGCUCCCCAUCCUCCUCCUCCACCCAGCAGGCCCCAGAGGGCUCCCCGUCCCCCCUGGCCCAGUUCAGCCUGGCAGGCUUACAGUCUGGACUUCAGUCUGGCCUCCAGUCUGGCCUGGUCCCUCAGCUGUCCCUGGAGAGGUCUGCCCUGGCCUCGUUGGCCCAGUACGGCUCAGCUAACGGCUCACCCUGCUACACCCCCCUGGGGCCUAGCCCCACGGUCCAAAGCCCAGUCACAGGAAGGACUUUCCACUACAGCGACUCGUCCAGUGCCACAGGGUCCCACAGCUCUCUUCUCAUGCCUCAGACCUCCCUCCCCAGCCAGCAGCACGCAGCCGGCAGUGAGUCUCUGCUGGGGCUGGGCAGCUUCUCUGAGGAUAUGAAACUAUUGUCCUGUUCUAACCCCUCCCUGCCCCAGGAUGUGGCCCAGGCCAUGGGAUACUCCUCACUCCCACGCUCCUCACCCCCUCGCUCCUCGAACCCUCGCACCUCACCCCCUCGCUCCUCGCCCCCACGCUCCUCCAUGGAGCCAGGAUACUGCCUCUCCUCACCCUACUCCUCCCCCAUCCUAGUUCCAAAACCCUGUAGCUCGGUGCCAGGUCACAUGACUCCUCCUGUCCCUGCCCAGAUGUCUCCAGGACACCUGCAGCAACAGACUCAGUCCCCCGUGGCCUCCCCGGCCCUGCCGCCACGGAAAGGCUCGGCAGCCCACUCUGAACUAGAACCUGUCCGCUCCAAACUAACCUCCAAUUUGUGAGGUCUGAUCACACCCUCCUGUGCACCCUCCCUGGACUAGUACACAAACGAUCUUCCUGUAUGAUGUCAUUCUCUUUUAGGCUUCACUGUGUUCUAAUCGUUAUCAUUUCCACGUUCUUAAUAUUACUGUGAUUUAAAAGAUGACGCUUAACCAGGUAACUUCGAGCUCCCUAGACUACUACUCUUUCUUUGUUUUUGUUUUGUCCUCUUCCCUUUUUUAUUCAUACGUAUAUACGAAAUAUAUUUAAAAUAUAUGCUAAUCAAGGGACAGGAGGGUGUGAACAGAAAAUGAUAUCCAUUUAAGAGAUGGUCAUUUCUUUGUUUCUAACUAUGCCAAAAUCAUAGGAUGGGGUUUGGUUUGAUGGUUAGAUGGACAACACAAUAGUACUUUUUUGCAGGAACCUAUGCACUAAUACCUGCAUGUAUAGAUGCUUUUUUGUGUGUUUUAAAAGAACAGAAUCAACCUUUUCAGCGGAAAAUACAUGCUUCAAUAAGA